AUGGAUCAAAUAAACCAAACCCCCCUCCGCGCCCGCUUCUGCCAUGCCCUCUCGGAAAUGUGCAAAUCCGAAGUCCCCCUCUACGGCGAUCUCACCAAUCUAGUCUACAAAGCAGACUCCAUCUCCGUCCAGUCCAACUCAGCUACCAAAAUCAAUGACCCAGACGACGUCCUCCCCGCCCGAAACCGCGUCGAACGACACGGUGCCAUCAGAUUGGGCACUCCGCAGGAACUCACCACCAUCCGCCGCAUGUUUGCCAUCAUGGGCAUGUACCCGGUUGGAUACUAUGAUCUGAGCGUGGCGGGGUUCCCGAUGCAUGCGACUGCGUUUCGGCCAGUGAGGAGGGAGGCGUUGGCGGAGCAUCCGUUUCGGGUGUUUACUACGCUACUACGGAUGGAGUUGUUGACGGCGAGGACGAGGGAGUUGGCGGAGAGGGCGCUGAGGCAGAGGAGGAUCUUUACGGAUAGGUUGGUUGAGUUGAUUGAGAGAGCUGAAGGGGAGGGCCUGAGUGAGAGUGAGUGUGCGGAGUUUAUCAUCGAGGGUUUGGAGACGUUUCGAUGGCAUUCAAAGGCGACAGUGACAGUAGACGAGUAUCAGGUGUUGAAAGGGGAGCAUCCGCUCAUUGCUGAUAUUGUCUCCUUUCCCAACUGCCAUAUUAAUCACCUCACGCCUCGGACGGUGGAUAUCGAUCUUGUGCAGUCGUUGAUGCUGGAGAGUGGAUUACCAGCUAAAGAGCGAAUUGAAGGGCCUCCACGACGAAUGUGUCCCAUUCUACUCCGUCAAACAAGCUUCAAGGCGUUGAAGGAGACGGUUUAUUUCCGAGAUGCGUCUGGCGAGUUUAUCAAAGGAUCGCAUACGGCGCGGUUUGGGGAGGUUGAACAGCGAGGAUGGGCGUUGACCAGAUCUGGUCGGCAGUUGUACGAUCGCAUUCUGGAUCGAGUUAAUAACGAAGCAGCAAAGACGGAGUCAGAUACAUACGAUGACAUCCUGCAGCGAGAAUUUGAAGCAUUUCCAGAUGAAAUGACAGCCCUGCAGACGCAGAAACUGGCAUAUUUCUGCUACCGACUCACAGAGCACGGAGAACACAUCCACGAAAGCCAUCGAUUACCCAGUCAGGUCUCUCUAUCAGACCUCCUCGAGCAGGAAAUCAUCCAAGCCGAGCCCAUCACAUACGAAGACUUCCUGCCGCUGUCAGCCGGAGGCAUCUUCAACUCGAAUCUGGGCAGCGCAUCGCAAUCAAGGCAAUUAAUCAUGGAAGCCGAUGCCGAUCUCGACGGCUUCCAACGCCUCCUCGGGACCAAAGUGGCGGAUGAGUUUCAUUUAUAUGAGCGCAUGCAAGAAGACAGCCUGGAAGAAUGUCGACAGCGGUUGGGCGUUGAUUACAUAGUGGGCGGACCCUCUCCGUCGAUCUGCCCUGUUUUUCUCGCACCAUGUCUCUCGGUCAGUUCAGAUGCCUCAUCUCAAACAGCCAUCAUGGCAGCAGAUCCAGAUGAUAACAUCGCCUACCGGCUCUGGAUCGGUACAAUCGUCACUCUUGUGCCUGCCACAAUCGCUGUGAUUGUUCGCUUCAUCGCCCGGUUCGCUUCUAGGGUUGGAUACUGGUGGGAUGAUUAUACCAUUAUCGUGGCGUUGAUUAUCAAUUGGGGCAUGGCAGCUACGCGCUGGUCAGAAAUUCUGGUGUAUGAUUAUGGUCGCCAUUCGCAAUUCCUUUCGACAGAAAAGGUCCAGAAUUUCCAAAAGAGCUUCAUCGCAGUCCAAAUCACCUACUUUGCCAACGCCGUCUUCACCAAAGCUUCGAUCCUCCUCCUCUACCAUAGAGUCUUUGGCGUCGUGAAUGGAUUCCGCUGGGCUCUUGCAGUUUCUGGGGCUAUCAUUACGGCUUACUUUAUAUCCUGCGUGAUUGUUUCGAUUGCGGGCUGUUCUCCGGUGUCGUAUUUUUGGGAUCGAGAUCAGCCGGGUUCGUGUAUCGACGAGGUGAAUUUCUUCCGCUGGAAUGGCAUCGUCAAUAUGCUGUUGGAUAUACUGGUCUUGUGUCUUCCGCUUCCGAUGACAUGGAGGGUAAAGACGAAUCUUCGCCAGAAGAUGAUCUUGUCUGGGAUAUUCCUUCUGGGUGGUUUUGUGUGCAUCGUCUCCAUCCUCCGAAUAACAGCAUUCCGCAAAUCCAACCCCAAAGACCCAACCUACACCACCGUCGAAACAGCCAUGUGGUCCUCAAUCGAGCAAUCCGUCGGAAUCAUCUGCGCCUGUCUGCCCACCUUCCGUCCUCUCUUCCGGCGUCUCUACGGCGCAUCCCAGCAUUCCAGAAAUGCCGGCUUGACAAUUGCCAGUCGUCUUGCGCAGAAUCAAUCAGCCAGGGUCGCCGUCGUCGAGGCGGGUGGCUUUUACGAACUCGACAAUGGCAACGUCUCUAUCGUCCCUGGGUAUGCGACGCAAUUCACCGGGUCAAAGCCCACCGAUUAUCAACCUCUCAUUGACUGGGGGUUCAUGACGCAGCCGCAGCCGGGCUCGGGAGGUCGUUCCUUGCAUUAUGCCCGAGGCAAGACACUGGGCGGUUGUUCAGCGAGGAACUUUUUGCUCUAUCAGCGUGCUACUGUUGAUAGUAUGCAGGUUUGGGCGGAUAAUGUGGACGACCAGAGCUAUACUUUCGACGAGUUGCUGCCGUUCUAUGAAAAGUCGUGUCACUAUACGCCUCCGAAUCAGGAGCUGCUCACCAAUUCCACCAAUAGCCAGACUAGUGAUGCGUUUAGCAAGUCUGGGGGUCCGUUGGAAGUUUCGUUCAGCAAUACCGUUGAUCCAUUUGGUACUUGGGCCCGCAAGGCUUUCAUCGCCGUGGGCAUGGAGCAGAUUGACGGCUUCAACAGCGGCAAGCUCAUGGGCUCGGCGUAUGCCACGCUCACCAUCGACCCGAAGAACGCCCACCGUUCCUCCUCCGAGACCAGCUUCCUGCAGGCUGCUUUGCAACGCGGCUACGGACUCCUCGUGUACAAGAACGCCCUGGCGCAGAAGAUCCUCUUCAACUCGCACAAAACCGCUACAGGCGUGCAGGUCUCCACGGCCGGAUCCUUUGGCACUCCCCCCGUCAACUUCACCCUCAAUGCCCGCAAGGAAGUCAUCCUCUCCGCCGGCGCCUUCCAAUCCCCCCAGCUCCUCAUGGUCUCUGGCAUCGGUCCCUGCGAUGACCUCUCCACCCACGGCAUCCAAUGCAUCGCCAACCUCCCCGGCAUCGGAAAGAACAUGCAAGACCACCCCGUCUUCGGCACCGCUCACCGCGUAAACGUCCUCACCUCCUCCGCCUCAGCAAACAAUAAAACCCUCGCCGCUCUCAACGUAGAAAAAUACCUCCAGAACGCAACCGGCCCCCUCGCCAUCUUCGGCCCAGGCUACUACGGCUGGGAAAAGCUCCCUAACCCCUACCGCUCCUCGCUAUCAAACCACUCCAGAUCCGCCCUGGCUGCUUUCCCCCCGGACUGGCCCGAAAUCGAAUGGCUCCCCGUCGCUGCCUUCAACGGCGAUAACCUCAACACUCUCCCCUCCGACCCCGUCGACGGCCACAACUACGCUACUCUUAACACUGCCCUCGUGGCGCCUCUCUCCCGGGGCUCUGUCUCCCUCGCCGGCCCAGAUAUGACGACCCCACCCAUCAUCGACCCCCAAUGGCUCGCCCACCCAGCUGACAUGGACCUCGCGGUCCAAUCAUUCAAACGCCACCGCCAGGUCUGGUCGGAGCUCGUCAAAAUGGGCGCCGCUGACCAAGAAGAGUACUAUCCCGGCGCUAACGUGACGACGGAUUCUCAGAUUCGGGCGUUCAUUCAGAAGAGUAUGAGGUCUGUUUAUCAUGCUUCUUGUACAUGUAAAAUGGGCAGGAAGAACGAUACCAUGGCUGUGCUUGAUAGUAAAGCCAGGGUUUACGGUGUGCAGGGUCUACGGGUUGUUGAUGCAAGUAGUUUUGCGGUUCUGCCGCCGGGUCAUCCGCAGUCGUUGGUUUAUGCUUUGGCGGAGAAGAUUGCGGGUGAUAUUUUGGGUUAG